AUGGAAAUUAUUACUGAACCUGAUUCCAUCGCAUUUCCAAAGCAACAACUAGAUGACUUACUUGAAGUGAUUAUACGGAUGAAUACUUCACCUAUUCAACAACCUAAAAGACAUGGAGUUAAUGGUGCACAUAGAAAGCAUCCAUUUUCAACAAGACUUGAAUGCGGACAGAAGCUUUUUUCAAAAAUACCAGCUGAUCAUGUUGUUGAUUUUUUCAUUGCUGCGUUAAAACAUGUUCAAUCGAUCAAAUCCGAAACUGAUUUGGCUAGUCAGCUGCAAAAUUCCACUCUGUUGAAUUCUGCAAGUGUUGAGCAAAUUCUUAUUCAGGUACAAAUUCUCAUUCAGGUGAUACACCUUUGUGCACUCCCGAAUUUCUUUGUGUGGGUGCAAAGUCACAAUAAGCAGGCACAAAAGAACAAAGCAAGGCUCAAUUCCGACCAAAAUAUUAAGCAGCGUAUUGUGUUCUAUCCGCCAAAACGUGAAAAAUUGCUCGAUUUGAUUAUUCCUAUUGAUUUAAUUUGCAAGGGCUGUUCUUAUUCAUGGAAAACUAUUGCAAGUGUUUUAGACCUUCAACAAUCAAAACAAUCUCUUUCUUUUGUUUCAAAAGUUUUUGAUUUUUUGAAUAUGGGACAGGCUAGUUUUAGUGUUCUUCAAUUUUGCUUGCUGAAUCACAGCGUCGCAUACCAGUUGGCAUUUCCUAAAGUUAUAAUUAUUGCACUAUUACUUGGACCUCUUGAUGCCCGGACUGUAGAGGCAUUUGUUGGUAAUCGAACGGGUGAAUUUCGUUCUGAAGUUCGACAAUUGCUUGAAAUGGCAGAGAAAUGGACUAAAGACGAGUCUGAUUGGCGUAAAGCUGCUUUGGAAUUUACUCAUAAGAAUCCUGACCUUUUGCCUCCUUUUUCUCAGUUUUGUAAAACAAUUACUUCUUUAUUGGCUGACCUAAGAAAUGAAUUAUCAGAACAUGAGAAUAUUAUCAGCGAUAAUUGGUCUUGUUCUCUUAUUCGCAAAGCUGCUCAUAAAUUUUAUCUAGAAAAAACUUGGAGUAAAGACCAAUUCAACGACAUUCUUCAUACGUUGCUUGUACAAAAACCUACACUAAAAGCAUUUUUACUAAAUGUUUUGCUAAAAGAUCAUAAUGACAAAGUGGCUUUUGAUAGAUGGAAGAAUUUUGUUUCUGCUGAUAGAAUUCACAUGUCAAAAAAUUUCGAAAAGGUUGAUCUAUGCUCAAAAGAAGAGUGCCCAGAGUUUUUGCAUUUAAGCCGAAAAGUGGAUGUUUUUGUAAUUUCAAACAUUCAUCAAUUCAAAGUCUUUGAGAAGCAAUUUUCUGAUUACGAGCGUAAAAAGACUUCACGAAUUAUAAUUGGCUUUGAUUCUGAGUGGAAUUCUUUUGUAAUGAAAAGCAGGGCAUCACUUCUACAACUUGCAUUGUCUCAUUCUGUAUAUCUGCUUGAUUUGGAUAGUCUACACUCACAAAAAGAACUGGUUGACUUUAUUGAUCGAAUCUUUAUGAGCCGCGAAAUCGUCAAGCUCGGUUAUCAUUUUUCUGAUGACCUUGUUCAACUUCGAGCUCGACUGCAUGAUUGUUUGGGGUUGUAUAGGCCUAACAGUUUAUAUUGUGUUGGGAAAAUUGUGGAAGAGUUAAUUCGGCGAAGCUCUGGACCUACUGUUCAUAUCCAAUUGGAUCAAUUUGUUCUUCCUGUUACAGAAAAAGAAGAGGAAGAUAUGAAGGAACACACACGAAAAGUGAAGCCCACAUAUUUUGUGAAGAGUCCUGAAAAUUUUAAAAAUCAGAACCUCAAUUCCAGUCUUUCUGAUAAGGAAGCCUCAGAUGAAGAGAAUGUUACAAAUCCUUAUGAAGUAGAAAUGUCUGAAGUGAGUACAAGAAGUAGCAGACAAAGCACGAAAAUAUUUACUCCUCCGCAGGAGCCCAAAUCAACAAAGUUUUCUGAGCAAGGCCUUUCCUAUAUUUGUCGAAGAGUAUUAGGCAAACCGUUGAAUAAACAAGAACAGUGUUCAGUUUGGGAUAGACGCCCUUUAAGAACUAGUCAGAUAAGAUAUGCAGCUCUUGAUGCACAUUGUAUUGUUCAAAUCUAUCAUCGUUGUCGUGAAUGGGCGGAGAAAAUUGGUGUUGGAGGAAUGGAGCCUUUUGAACUUGUUCCAUCGAGUUAUCUUCAUUCGCCGCUUCCUUUAUUUUGGGACAAACCUUUGCCUCCUGAUCUCUUUAAUGAAAAAGCUUCGGCUGAAUGGACAGCAACGGGGACAAAUGGAGGUGGCUGGGAUUGA